AUGCUUGACGGACUAGUCAAGCACCUCUACGUGGCCACCAUGGUCUCGGCCGCUCGCGGGCCUGGUUCCACCAAGGGCUGGUGGCUGACGUUGCUGGAGGGGCCGGGGUACUUCUUUCUACCUGGCUGUUUUCUGGAGCCGCCCCUUUCUGCUCCACGUGCAGUGGCAGUGAAGCAGGCACCAGCUGUAGCGGCCCUGCUUAUCCAUUGGCUGGUGCAGCAGUGGGCCCCUCCCCCAAGUGAACAACUGGCAACUAACUUCCCAGGAUCUCCAUGUGAUCCUACUUUCCUUCUGAGCUAUGCUCCCUGCAAUGUGAUCUGCUCCAUUAUAUUCUGGAAUUGUUUUGAAUACAGUGAUGAAAAUUUUCUAACCUUGGCAAGGCACAUUGAUGAAAAUGCAACAAUUGUUAGCACCCCCUGUAUUGAGCUCUACAAUGCUUUCCCCUCUUUAUUACAUUAUCUCCCAGGGAGUCAAAAUACAUUAUUUAAAAACAUGACUGAGCAAAGAAAGUUUAUUUUGGAGAAAAUAAAGGAACACCAAGAAUCCUUGGACCUCAAUAACCCUCAAGACUUUAUUGAUUACUUCAUGAUUAAAAUGGAAAAGGAGAAACACAAUAAACAGUCUGAGUUUACCAUGGACAACUUGAUCACCACACUAUGGAAUAUGCUUACUGCUGGAAUAGAGACAACAAGCAUCACUCUGAGAUAUGGACUGCUGCUCCUGCUGAAGUACCCAAAGGUCACAGCUAAAGUCCAGGAAGAAAUUAACCGUGUGGUUGGCAGAAACCAGAGUCCCUGCAUGCAGGACAGGAGCCGCAUGCCCUACACAGAUGCUGUGAUCCAGGAGAUCCAGAGAUACAUUGACCUUAUCCACAAUAACCUACCCCAUGGGGCAGUUCAGGACAUUAAAUUCAGAGAAUAUCUCAUUCCCAAGGGCACAACCAUAUUAACAUCUCUGACUUCUGUCCUGCACGAUGGCAAGGAGUUUCCCAACCCAGAGCAGUUUGAUCCUGGUCACUUCCUGGAUAAAAGUGGUAACUUUAAGAAGAGUGACUACUUCAUGGCUUUUUCAGCAGGAAAAAGAGUUUGUGCUGGAGAAGGCCUGGCCCGCAUGGAGCUGUUUUUACUCCUGGUCAGCAUUUUACAGCAUUUUACCUUGAAACCUCUGGCUGAUUCGAAGAACAUUGACACUACACCACUUCUGAAAGGGGUGGGCUCUAUACCACACUUCUACGAGGUCUGUUUCAUUCCAAUAUGA